AUGACUGAUAUUACACCUCAGCUGCUUCUUAUAACUCAGACUUAUAAAGCUCCUCUAAAGUCAGCUUAUCAAGAGCGCUUUCAGCCUUCAGAAAUUUCAGCGAGUGACAGCCACUUUAUGAACGAAGCUGGAAAAUUGCAUUUUUCUUUAGUCGAAUAUAUAUUAGUAUGCCAGAGGAGACCAUCCAGCCUCUUUUCGCACUUUUCUUAACACUAUGAUGUUCUUAAUGUAUUCAAGAAGAGCUUUCUUGGGCCAUAGGGUAUGAUAUCUGGGACAUGGGAUUUUUCCUCCUGACAUGGAAUUAAAAAGAGCACAGUCAGCCAUCGUGCCCGAGAUUAGGUCACGUCCCUACUCAAAUUAGGACUCUGAAGAGAACAGGUCCUCAGCGUAAAAAUGGAACCACGCCCAGGGUUCAGGCGCUUAGCGAACUGGCGCCCUGAAUCAAGUCAGGCGUAGUAUUAGGCGAGGUUUCCAAUGUCUGCCAGUAGCUCCUCACUGUGGUGGUGAGCUUGCAGAGGUAACAUCCUUGACCAAUUUAAAAUAAGGCAUCAUAAUUUAAUUUAAAUUUAAAUUCUUUAGUCGAAACCCACAAAAUGCUUAAUUCUUUAUUCAAACUAACAAAGCAAAACACGCUUUUCAAUAAUCAAAGUUCUCGUAUCCAUCAACUCAGCGAACAAAUUGAAGACAGCAUAAAAGUGUCCCAAAUUAAGCUUGAAGAAGUCCGAGGGGUUCAAAUAGGUGGAGAAUGUGCUGAAAUUACUUUAAGUAAGUUAGAUUAGUAUAGUGAAGCUCCCGGCAGGCCAUAAGGCCCGCGCUCAUCGCCAUAACCCACUGCUGGCUCUUCAAUUGAAUACAGCUUUUCGUUCUGCCGCUCCUCUCCGGCUUGCACUCAUCAUCUGAGCUUCAGAAACGCUAAGUUAUCAUGCUGUGCAUUAACGAGGUUUGCCUUUCAGAAUAUCCGAAUUACGAAUUUUCUGGUCAGGCUGCUAUAAGAAGUGAAACUCGAAUUUCUAGACACAACUCGUGGCAUUGGACUAGAUAUUUGACUGAUUGUCUAGCUGACAGCCUUUAGCCUUGCUGGGCUUCCCUUUCCAUUUCUAAAGGCCUCUCUGCACGGGAAAAAGUUGAUCGGAAUCUAAGCACGUGUCGUGCGCUCCACCCUAAACAACAAAAACUCAGCCGAAUACACUACCUGCACUCUAUAUUCCCUUCCAUAUAGCCCAAAAUUCUAUUUGGCUAGAUUUAUUAAGAGGGCAUUCUAGCUCACCAUUUUAUCGACACUGAAAUUAUCAAAGAAAUCCUCCAGCAGCGUUUACUAUCCCUUAUCAAAGAUUUCCAAAAGCUGCUUCAAACUAGAACCAAGCUUCUCAAAGACAAUAAACUUAAGCAAAAAGAAAUUUCCUCUGUCAACGAAGUAGAGUUAUCUAGAAGAGACACCCCAAGCUUUUUAGAAGUAAAGUAAGAAUACUAUAGGUGGUAAUGUGCAAGAGCAAAUUGAUGAUUUAUCAGAACUCCAAGCCAGAGCUGAUAGUGUCGAACAAGUAGAAAAACAAAUGGCCGAAGUCUCCCAGAUGGUCCAAAGAUUAGCUUUAAUUGUCCACGAGCAGCAGCUUAUGGUAGAAAGAAUUGACCAGAAUACUGAUCAAGCCUUAUUAAAUUUAGAAAAAGGAAAACAGGAAAUCGAAAAAUACCACCAAAACGUCACCAGCAACAGGAACUUAGGCAUCAAGGUUUUCAUGAUUUUUGUGAUUUUCUUUGUGUUUUACGUUAUUUUCUUAGUUUAA